AUGGCGCUCUACUCAGGUAUACAUAAAAAGUUAAAAGACAGAGAUACAAAAUGGAGUGAUAAACUACAAUUAGCAAAGUUUGCUUGGAUAUCCAGUCAGUGUUAUCUUCCAAAUAAAGAACAAGUUUUACUAGAUUGGGUCUCAAACUCAAUUAUCAACUCAAAAAAGUUGGUUGAUAAAAGUGCCUGUACUGACAGGUUGGUGGAUAAAAGUCCCUGUUCUGACAGGUUGGUGGAUAGAAGUGCCUGUCCUGACAGGUUGGUGGAUAAAAGUGCCUGUUCUGACAGGAUGGUGGAUAAAAGUGCCUUUCCUGACAGGUUGGUGGAUAGAAGUGCCUGUCCUGACAGGUUGGUGGAUAAAAGUGUCUGUCCUGACAGAUUUGCUGCUUGUAUCCAGUCAUUGCCACCUGGUCUUACUCUCAACAUCUGGCAACAGUUGACGAUAGAACUCAGUCAGCAUUAUUUACCACAAAUAGAAAAACUUGUUGACUCAGGAGAGUCACCUCGCAAGAAACAAAAGACAAAAAAGAAUUACACUCCCAGCAUGCAACAGGAAUCACCCAUCAUGCAUCAGUUUGAAUUGACUGUUGCACUUUAUGUACAUUACUUGUUUAACGCUAAGCUUGUUGACGCGGCAACCACUGCAGUGCAUAACAUUGAGGUUGCCAUGGAAACUAUGCAAAAUAAUUUGUUAAUGCCAUUGUUAGAAUUAUGUCUGCAUUCUGAUCAGGUUAUUCCACGUCUAUUUCUAUGCACACUGUAUCUCUACCAUUGCUGGGGUGAUGUACAUUUAUUGUUAAAACAACACACUAAAUACAGAGAUAAAAAAGAAGUUUGUCCAUCCAGUAUACAGCAGCCAUUGAAAGCGUUAGAUUUUAGUUAUCUGUAUAGUCAUAUUACUGCAGAUAAAUGGAUAUCAUUGUGUACACAGAGUGGUGUGGAUGUGAACACAGCUCAUAAAUAUAUGAUGAAACUUUUAAGUGUUCAGAAGGUCAAGGCACUUCUAGUGUUUGGUUCUGAUUCAUGUCCAGCCAUUCAAGAAAGUCUGCAGAAUUCACUUGCAUAUAUCUGUCAACUAGAAGAUAAUAUACAGACUGUUACAGAGGUUUCUCUUUUUCCUUUGAUGCCAAGUUCAGUUUGUGAGAUGUCGUUGAUAUCAAACCAUGUACUGGUCUUCCUACCACUCUGUAAUGCUGAUCAAUUACAGCUACUGUCACACUAUGUUGUCAAGAUGAUAUGUACAAGUCAUAAACACACACCACAAAUUAGUGAUGUGUUAAUUCAAGAUUCCUCAACUCUACUGCAGAGUGAGGUAUUUCAAGAAUCUGUACUCAUACAGGCUGCCAUGGUAACAAGUUUACUCCAGGAAUUAUUGAAAAUGUUUAACAGUUAUGAUGCUGAAUAUGAGAUGCAAGUAUUAUCAAAGUUGGUUGCCAAAGAGAUACCAUGGUUACAGCAGGUGGAUUCACGUCCAAGUCUUAAGAUAAGGAAUGAGGCGAUGGAAGAUGACUGUGAUAACACAACUGCAGACACUAUGGCAUUGAAUGAAAGCUGGAAACAAAUUCAAAAUAUUGGGAUCAAAAUGAAUGUAUACAUGUCAGGGAAGAUGGAAAAUGAUAUUCAACUAAACAACAAACAUUACAAGAAAAUUGGGAGAAUUUUAGAGGUUUUGGAAAUGCUUCCUCUGGAGCACUUUCUUUUAACCAACCAGACAAGAUGCAUGAUGGGAUUGUUUGUACUGUGUCAGGCCAUUUGUCGUUCAGCAUCCCAUAAACCAGAACAGACUGUUGUCAUGGUGAUGAAAUGUAGCAAUAUUUUAAGAAGGUUGAUUCAAGGUGUUAAUAGGGCAAAUAUUUUGGAUUUUGUUGAGAGUGGUUCGGUGUUGACGAUGUUAACAAAGGUUGCUGUAACAAUACAUGAUAUGAUAGAACUGAAGACAAAACAUGUCAUGAGAGACAGCAGUAACUUCAAUGUCUGGAAAUGA